AUGGCCUCAAAGCGGGAGCAAGAGCAGGAAAGAAAAAGAGUCAAAAACCUUCAGGAACGGCUUAAGCGACGAAAAGACCGUCUUACUCAGGGUCUUCACGACUACGCUCUCCUGGCCGACGCCAAGGUAUAUAUGCUCAUCCAGGACCGCCGAGGUGGCAUAACGGAGUACAGAAGCACCCCAGACCGAAAAUUUCCGCCGACAUAUGCACAGAUUGUACGUUCCGAAACACAUGUCAGUCAGCUCAUUUGGACGCUAAUUGAUCUAUCUAUAGAGGCGACUCUUCCCAUCGGCCAGCCUCUUGACGCCUGA